CUAGUAGUGAUAACCAAGACUUGCCGGUCGUAUAUAUCUACAAUGAAGAUUCUCCUGCUAUUGGUAGUUCUUUCGGUGGUAGCGGCCGACUCAGGAUUUUUCAUAAAACUUUCCAAAACCGUACCUCGCGUUGGAAAGCGUGGAGAUUUAGAAAACUUCUUUUUGAAGCAAUCGAAGACCGUACCAAGGAUCGGCAGACGUGGUGGUUCUUUCACUGAGCAUUCUGUACCUCAAGAUUCUUCUGAAUCCUGGUUUGAACGAAUCAUGCGUUCCUCUAAGCAUCCUCUGGGUAAUGCUCGCACGGAGAACGGCAAGCAUUACAACAAAAUACGCCCAUUGGAUUUGCAUCACAUCAUUGACAUUCUCUCGGAUGAUCUAUUCUUUGGAUCGGACCUAAAAUUUAUUUCUUGGGAUGUGUUGGAUCAGGCCCUCGAAGAAGACCCCGAGCUGAUGGAUAAACUGAGCGCUCUGGCAAGAGACGACGAAGUGCAUCAAUUGAAGCAGCUGCUAACAGAGAACACGGACGAGGUUGUCCAGUACGUGCCCUUGGAGGGUGGCAAGAUGGAUAUUCACUCCGGCGAUGCCUACAUUUAUCACACUGAUUAAGAUGACCGUUAUUAAGAAUCCAACAAGGAAAACAGGUGAAUAUCAACAGCAAGGCUGGUUUGGUAAUCAGUACCACAUUAUCGAUGUUAUCUAUGUGAUGUGCAGAAAAUGAAUUAUUGUAAUUUCCAUUCGACAUUUGA